GUGCCGGAGGCUGAACCCGGCAAACAUGGCAGCCGCCUCCUAUUUUAGCCGGGCUAUGGCUGCCCUGGCAGGGUUGCUGCUCUUGUCCUUCGGCAGCUUGGCCACUAGUCAGAUCGAGGAACAAGCAGAGCAGUUCUUUAGAAGUGGCCACACAAACAACUGGGCUGUUUUGGUGUGUACAUCCCGAUUCUGGUUUAAUUAUCGACAUGUUGCAAAUACACUUUCUGUUUAUAGAAGUGUGAAGAGGCUAGGCAUUCCUGACAGCCACAUUGUUCUGAUGCUUGCAGAUGAUAUGGCCUGCAACCCUAGGAAUCCCAAGCCAGCUACAGUAUUUAGUCACAAGAAUAUGGAACUAAAUGUAUAUGGAGAUGAUGUGGAAGUAGAUUAUAGAAGUUAUGAGGUAACUGUGGAGAAUUUUUUACGGGUAUUAACUGGGAGGAUCCCACCUAGUACUCCUCGGUCAAAACGUCUUCUUUCUGAUGAUAGGAGCAAUAUUCUUAUUUAUAUGACAGGACAUGGUGGCAAUGGUUUCUUGAAAUUUCAAGAUUCUGAAGAAAUUACCAACAUAGAACUUGCAGAUGCUUUUGAACAAAUGUGGCAGAAAAGACGCUACAAUGAGCUACUGUUUAUUAUUGAUACUUGUCAAGGAGCAUCCAUGUAUGAGCGAUUUUAUUCUCCUAACAUAAUGGCUUUAGCUAGUAGCCAAGUGGGGGAAGAUUCACUCUCGCAUCAACCUGAUCCUGCAAUUGGAGUUCACCUUAUGGAUAGAUACACAUUUUAUGUCUUAGAAUUUUUGGAAGAAAUUAAUCCAGCUAGCCAAACUAAUAUGAAUGACCUUUUUCAGGUAUGUCCGAAAAGUCUAUGUGUGUCUACUCCUGGACAUCGCACUGAUCUUUUUCAGAGGGAUCCUAAAAAUGUCCUGAUAACCGAUUUCUUUGGAAGUGUACGGAAAGUGGAAAUUACAACAGAGACUAUUAGUUUGCAACCAGAUUUAGGAAUCCUGGAAAGCAGAGAUAAGGAAGACGGGAUGGAUGAGGAACUAAUAGAACCCCUGAAAUAUGCUGAACAACUUCCAGUAGCUCAGAUAAUACACCAGAAACCAAAGCUGAAAGAUUGGCAUCCUCCUGGGGGUUUUAUUCUGGGAUUGUGGGCACUCAUCAUCAUGGUUUUCUUCAAAACUUACGGAAUCAAGCACAUGAAGUUCAUUUUCUAGGCGCGAUGAUGCAUAAAGAGGACUGCAUGGAAGACUACAAUCUUGGAUAAAAAUUGAUGUCAUAUCUUUUUAAAAAUUCAUUGCUCUUGUGUGAAUUGGCAAAAAAUAUAAGGAAACUAAAUUUGGUGCACUAUUGUUUUUUAACUUAAAGAAAAAUAAUUGUUAAUGUAAGUGUUAAAUGCCGCUAAAUAUAUUUUCAUGUUUUUCUUUGGUGUGUUAUUAAAAAAAUGGGACAAAGAGGUCAGAAUAUACUUAUUGACUCAUUUUGAAAAAGAAAGAAUUUCCCGUUAGCCCCUUUUCAUUUGGAAAAGAAAAAAGCGGACAUUAAAUUCUCACCAGCAGAGCUAAUUUCUGAUCGUAGUUUUGGGUAUGUUCUCCCAGUCUUUUUUCUAUGUACUUAUUUUUGCGGGUCUAAAAUAGAGAUUGUAUAGAACCAUUUUGUAAUCUCACUUUUCAUUUCACAAUAUGUUAUCAACCAUUUGCCUCUCCUUGGAAAUUCUGCAAGAACACAUUGGGAAUGGCUGCAGAGCACCCAUUUUAUGAAUGUACUGUAAUUUAUUUAACAGUGUUCUUUUGUUGGACCUCUUACCUUGUUCCCAAAAUUGUCCUUUGGUUCAUUCUUUAAUAUGUGAAUAUUUUACUGUCAGUCACUCAUGGAAUUCUGUAGCUUUAAUUUUAAGUAAAUAUGAAA